AACCCUUGCGUCAUGAAUUCGACGGCCCUCAGCUGCACUCCGGACGGCAGUGCAGCUACUGUGACCUGAGUGUGACGGGAAGUUCGGUACUUUGCCUCAACUGCAACUUGGUGAUCCACGUCAACUGUCGCCCCUUUGUAGCUGCGUGUUGUCCGGGUCAACGGUCGGAGAAGAAACUGUGGGCAGACAACCAACACGUGCAGAAGCACAUCAACACCAAAGUGCCGGUCAAUGUGGUGGCUGAUCCCCGCCGAGCACAGCAUAUUGUCUACGGACGAAG